AUGUCGCAACAACAACAAGCAGGCCAUACUAUCGCAGAUGUGUACAAAGGUGUGAUAAAUGAUGUCAUUGGGCAAGUUAAGGAAGCAUUUCUGGACGAAAACAUUGAUAUUGAUGUUUUACAGCAGCUUAAAAAGGACUGGGAAGAGAAGUUAAUUGCUAGCAAUAGUGUUGAUUGGGAUGGUCCACGACAUGUACCACCACCUCCAUUACGACAGGUGAAGCAGCCGAUUAUGACAAGUACAACUAUACCUCCAGGCAGCACUGUCCGUAUCGCACAAAAUGGGCAGCAUAUAUUGGUUCAGCAGCCGGCACGAUCAUCAUUAUUAUCGUCACAGGCUCAACAGCCGGCACUGGUUAUGCAAGCAAGUGGUACAUCAAGCAUACAAAGGCCAGUGCAGCAGGUGCAGUACAUUAGCACUGCUAAUAUUCCGAUCAGUGGUGACCCAAACACCGUUGUAAUACAGCGGCAAUCAAUGAACCAGAACACAUCGCAGAUAACCACAAUGUCUCCUGGGAUGAUUACAUUUCCUGCUGGACAGGGUCAAGCACGAAUUGUUCAACAGGGCGGUCAACAGUUUUUGAUGCACGGAAGUGGUGCAGCUAAUCUUCCGACGGGCAGCAGCGUUAUGAUUUUGAAUGCUGGUUCACAAAUCCCGGUGACACUGAAUAACGCCGUCGUUUAUCAACCGGCAAAUAGACAGUCACUUCAACCUGGGCAGUCUAAUGUGAAACCUGAAGAUACGAUUCAGUUGCUUGACGGAGCAACUAGUUUGAUUGCCAAAACAUCUAAAGCUGGUUCGUCUCGCACAAAUCAGAAGUACACAGGACGAGAAACCGAUCAAAAAUGUAAGGGUACUUUAAAAAAAUUAGUACAGUUAGAUGGAGCAACUCGAGUUAGUGAUUCAUCAUCAGAAGAGGAAGAAAUGGACGAAGAAGAUGAUGAUGAUCCACUGAGGACUAUCGCUGACCGUAUAAGUGAAGAAGGAAAUGCUGUUGAAGACGAAGAUCAGGUGACCGAAGAAGAUCCUCUAAAUUCUGGUGAUGAUCAAAGCGACGAUGAAGAUGUGGAGAGGCUUUUCGAAGCAGAGAACCUCGUCAUGUGCCAAUUUGAAAAAGUACAUCGAGCUCGUAGCAAGUGGAAGUUCACAUUGAAGGAUGGGGUAAUGCAUAUACGUGGUAAGGAUCACUGCUUUCAGCGUUGUUCGGGUGAGGCCGAGUGGUAG